AUGUUGAAGGUUGUUUUAAUAAUGUUCAUGAUGGUUGUGUUUUGUUAUUGUUUGGAUAAUAAUAAUUUGGAAGCUACAGAAGCUAGGGCUAAGAAGAAAAAGAAUAGUGCAAGGCUGUGGGCCAUGAUCCUUCUCUUCGUGUUCUCAAAAGUAGCAGCUCUCAAAGUGGCCACCUUCUUUAUUUUCAUGGCGUUCUUCCAGAAAGCAUUCUAUAUCGUGGGUUUACUGCUUAAUUUCUUCUUGAAGAGCAAGGUACCAAAACCCCAACCGGUUUACGGAGCACCCCAAGAUUAUAACACAGUGGGCUACAGUUAUGGACCUCCUGAACAAGAGGCCUUCCCGAGUCAAGAGCCAGGUAUACCGGGCAUUUCGGAUCUCGGCGGCUCUUUAAAUUGGUUGCUUAAUAAAAACCAAUAG